CUUAUCGGCGCAACAGGCGGGGUGCUCCUUUCAUGCUUUAAUUGGAUUGUACAGAGCUACAGUGUUAAUCGGUCCAUAUCAAUCUACAUCUACUAGAUAACAUUCCUCCCCGUCUAGAUCAGAUCAACCAGUGUACACACUACUUACCUCGGAGCUACGAUGCCUCCCAACACUGGGAGAGCGAAUGGCAAUCCUGACGAUGAUGACUAUGUUGCGCAAGUUCUCGCAAAUGAAGCUCGAGACAGUUCUCUGAAGUACUCUGCCCUGGGGAUGGGCGCUUAUAUGCCGAAAAGGCCUACAGGUGCUGCUCCCAAACCGAAUACGCGAUUUCUGCGACAUAUUAUAAAAGAAACAGACAAUCACAAUCUUGCAUUAAAGCGAAAGGAAGAGAGGGAAGCUAGAGAGCGAAUGCGGCAGCUACGGAACCAGCCUGCUUCUUCAUCAAACGAUUCUAGAAAAGAUGCCCAUGGCGGCCAACCCCGAUCAGACGAUCGCAAGUCGCGCAGGGAUAGAAGGGAAGACCGUGAAGAUAAACAGAGCUCCUAUCGAAGAAGGCAUAGAAGUCGUUCGGCUUCGGCGGACAGAGAUCGCUCUCAUCGACGCCGGCGGAGGCGUGAUUCCUACGGCGAGGAUGAAGAUCGACACAGAUCUUCCCGAAGAAUUCAUCGGCACCGUUCCUAUUCCAGGUCGCGCAGUCGAUCUCCACAAGAGAAUCGAGAAACGAAAUCUCACAGUCGCCACCAUCGGCAACGGAGGCGCUCUAGGUCACCUUCAAGGUCUCGUUCGCGAUCGCUAGGUGCGAAUGUUCGACGCAGGAACAGAGAUCGUGAGCACACACGUGUGCGCAGUUCUCACGAGAAGGGUUCCCCAGAGAGGAGUUCUACGAGUAAAAUCAAGGCGUCAUCGCCGCUGCCCCCGGUAGCUACCCAAGAUCAACUGCUAGGAUAUGAAUCGGACCCUCUUGAGGAUAUUGUUGGGCCCUUACCUCCACAGGCGAAUAGCUCUACGAAUGCUGCCCCCAUUCGUUCUCGGGGACGGGGUGCUUACAGACUCAACAUGAGCAACAUUGACACACAUUUCGCUCCUGACUACGACCCUACUUUGGACGUGCAGCUAGAAGAUGACGAUGAGAAUGCUGGUAGCAAGCCCAGCCGCCGCCCUGUAGCCGGCCUCAUGACCGGAGAUGAUGAUUGGGAACUCGCUCUUGAAGCAGUCCGUGACCGAGCCCGUUGGAAACAAACAGGCGAGGAGAGAUUGCGCGAAGCUGGUUUUGACGACGCGUUUGUGAAGCAGUGGAAAAGCAACAUUACGCCCACCACAGGGGAUUCUGAGGGUAGGUUAGAGGAUGUGAAGUGGUCUAAGAAAGGCGAAGGUCGAGAAUGGGAUCGCGGAAAGUAUGUCAAUGAGGAUGGGCAUAUUGAUGUUAAGGCUUCUUGGUAGUGAGGUCCACAACAUAAGCGUAGAUUGGGUGGCGUUUGGAAGCUGGGAUUAUUGCCAUUGGGGAAUUCUCUUAUUUAUUUACUUAAUACUUUUACACAUAGUAUCCUAUCAUGAAUUAUGAUGCGAUGAAGAG